AUGGUAGCAGGGAGGCAGGGCAGGACGGAGACCUUGAGGACACUCCUCGCAGCAGGAACACUUGUGCAGUGUGCAACCACAGCUCAAGCAGCACAACCGGCGUCUUCUGGCAAGAAUAAGUGGUCCAAGGGCAGUAAUACUGCCUCUGGUGGCGCAUCCGGCUCUGGCAAUGGUUCUGGCAACGUCUGCACCUGGUGCAAGGCCAACGGCCGCUCUGGCAAGGGCCACACCGUCGCCAACUGCUUCAACAAGCGUGUCUCUGACCUAGAGGCCGCCGUCCGCGCUCGUCCUGCUGCUGGCAAUGCUGCCGAUGCUUCUGGUGCAGCCUUCUUUGGUGCUGCUGGCAAGUUUGCCAGUACCGCUACCGCUGCAAGCUCUCUCUCCGCCUCCCCCGCUCACACAGACCUCUUUGAUGACUCCUGGAAUGUAGAUACGAGUGCCACGGCUCAUAUGACACCUCAUUGUCAUUGGUUUGCCACCUACAGGCCAUUCCGCAUGCCUAUAUGCCUUGCAAAUGGCGUCAUCGUCUAUUCUGCUGGUCUGGGGUCUGUUGUGUUUGAGCCGGAGGGAGAGGGCGUCGAUGGGCAACCUAUAGAGCUUACUCGCGUCUUGCAUGUACCUCAGUUAUGUGCCAAUCUGCUGUCUGUGCUCUAUCUAUCGCUGCACUGUUAA